AUAUCUUGUUGCCGAGAAUGGACUGGCUGCAAGCAAGAACAAAACGUCAAAAAAAACACCCAAACAGAUACAAUAGUUUCUAGGACUAGCAACCAGAUGCUUCCUGUGCCAUUAUUUCAAUAAUUACAAAAGCAAGAUAAGGAAGGCCCUCCUGCUAUUCUAGUGACAACUGGAAGCAUUUCCAAAGAAACUAUGGUUUCUUUUCGAAGAGACGUACUUUUGUGUCAACACACGCAAUAACUGCUUGGAAAAACGGUAAUUAUUCUAAGCAUUAAACUAAGACAGUGCAAAUGACAAUCGGUAACUGCAAGGAAACUGAGUGAGAAAUAAAUCCGCAAAACGAUUUUGCGAAUGCAGCAUCGAUCUGAGAAGUACACGAAAUAUGACUUCAGUUGACGUGCAUGGACUCCGGGAACUGGGAGCCAACCGUUCCAAUAUGUGUCCGUAAGGACAGACUGCCUACUGGAGAUAGUGUGGAUGAGAUUAUCACGGAACUGAAGUCCCGGGCAGACUCUGAUCCUCAUGGCAUUGUCCUCAUCAUCAUCGCUUGCGCAUGUGCCGUCAUCCUUAUGGUUAUCAUUGUGAUUCUACUUUACAGGUUCUACUGUCUGCACUAUCCCAGAUCCAGGUUGUCGCGGAUUUCCGUGAAAGCCUUCAACGACAUUGAGGACAUGAGGGAGGGACGCCUUUCUCGUGCAACAAUCGGAAAUUCAAACGAGAGCUGCUGUCUAUUCUUAUCCGGUGAAAGUUGGGCCAGCAACCUGCAGAGUACCUGGCCAGGAAAUUCCCGCGCCUGGACUUAUCUGAGCGUGGAUCGUUUGCUCAGAGAUAUGGAUCGUUCUCGGAGGGAAAACCCCCAGCAUUCCUGGAGAGAUUUUGCCACCAUUGCCACUGACUGGCAGCCCUCUGGCUCAGUGAUCAAUCAAUAGCGAUUUAUGCGAUUCUCCACAAGUGUUUAUAAAAUGUCGGGAAUUUCCUGAGUUUUUCAUAAUCA